AUGAAGGUAACAAAUGGAGAAAAGGAUAUCUUGAAACAAUCUGUUGAUAUUGGUAGAGUUGCUGCUGCUGAAGUCACCAACUUGGAUGAAGAUACCAAGAAUAAUAACAAGGAAUUGUUGAGAAGAUUAGAAGAAAUUUUAAGAGAUGACAAUAAAUUGGGUAUUUUGGAUGCCAUUACUCAAUCUAAAGUCAAUGCUAUUACUUCUCAAGUUGUUUCCAAAUGUGUUCCAGAUGGUACUAUGAAGAGAUUCCCAUACAAUUCUAUGCAAGCUAUGGCUUUAUCUGGUGCUAAAGGUUCCAAUGUUAAUGUUUCUCAAAUUAUGUGUUUAUUAGGGCAACAAGCUUUAGAAGGUAGAAGAGUACCAGUUAUGGUUUCAGGUAAGACAUUACCAUCAUUCAAACCAUUUGAAACAGAUGCUCGAGCUGGUGGUUAUAUUAAACAACGUUUCUACUCUGGUAUUAGACCACAAGAAUAUUACUUCCAUUGUAUGGCUGGUAGAGAAGGUUUGAUUGAUACCGCUGUUAAAACAUCUAGAUCUGGUUAUUUACAACGUUGUUUGACUAAACAAUUGGAAGGUGUCCAUGUCAGUUAUGAUAAUUCUGUCAGAGAUGCUGAUGGUACAUUGAUUCAAUUCCUUUAUGGUGGAGAUGCUAUUGACACUACCAAACAAUCACACAUGAACCAAUUCAAAUUCUGUGCUGAUAACUACGAUGCCUUGUUGGCUAAAUACAACCCAGGUGAUAUGAUUGAAAAUAUUGAUACUGAUGCUGCAUUGUCAUACUCCAAGAAGGUCCGUAAGUCAUUGAAAAAACAAAAGGAUGUCCCACAUUACGAACAAGUUGUUAAAUAUGAUCCAGUAUUGAAUGUUUACAACCCUGCUAAAUACUUGGGUUCUGUUUCUGAAAAAUUCCAAGAAAAACUUGAUGAUUUUGCUGCUAAGAAUCCAAGUGUAUUUGCACAAUCCAAGGAAGAAGCUAAAGCUACUGGUAAAUUAACUGAAAAGAAAUUCAGAGCAUUGAUGCAAUUGAAAUAUAUGAGAUCUUUGAUUAAUCCUGGUGAAGCUGUUGGUAUUAUUGCUUCUCAAUCUAUCGGUGAACCAUCUACUCAAAUGACAUUGAACACUUUCCAUUUUGCUGGUCAUGGUGCUGCUAACGUUACUUUGGGUAUCCCACGUAUGAGAGAAAUUAUUAUGACAGCUUCAGCAAGUAUCAAGACUCCACAAAUGACAUUGCCAAUCUUGGAUGAUGUUAACGAUACUGAAGCCGAUACUUUCUGUAAAUCUGUUGCCAGAGUUGUUUUAUCUGAAUUUGUUGAUAAAGUGAUUGUUACUGAAACAACUUCUCAAGAUGAAGAUGGUUCUAAUAGUAGGUCUUAUGUUAUCAAUUUGCAAUUCUAUACCAAAGAAGAAUAUGAAAGUGAAUAUGAUAUUUCUCAAGCUCAAUUGGAAGAUGUCAUCACUAGUAAUUUCUUGCGUCAAUUGGAAUCCCAAAUUGUUAAAGAAGUUAAGAAACAAAAAAGACCAGAUCAUUUGCCAACUGUUGGUAAAUCUGCUGGUAAAACAGAUAUGGAAACUGUUUCUGGUAAGAUUCAAGAAGUUCGUGAUGAACAUGAUGAUGAAGAAGAAAUUGAUGAAGAUCAUGAUGAAGAACAAGCUAAACAAAAUGUCAAACAACAAGUUUCAUAUGAAGGUCCAGAUGAUGAUGAAAUUGAAACUAUGAAAAGAGCUGAAGAAACUAGUGAUGAAGAAAUGGCUGAUGCUGAUAGUUCAAGUGAUUCUGAAUCGGAUUCAGAAUCUGAAGAUGAAGAAGGUGAUGUUGAUAUGGAUAAAUCUUCUAAACCUGUUGAAAUGUCACGUUCUGCUAAAGAUCGUCAAUCUGAAGUUAUUGCAAGUCAUAAUAUGGUUACUAAAUUUAAUUUUGAUGAUGAUAAUGGUGAAUGGUGUGAAUUUAAAUUAGAAUUAAAUGGUGAUGAAACUCAAAAAUUAUUGAUGGUUAAUAUUGUUGAAGAUAUUUUACGUACAGUUGUUGUUCGUGAAAUCCCACGUAUUGGCAGAUGUGUUCAUCCAGAACCAGAUGCAAAAACCGGUCAAAGAAUUUUAACUACUGAAGGUGUUAACUUCAAAGCCAUGUGGGAUCAAGAAGAUUUCAUUAAUGUUAAUGGUAUUACAUCGAAUGAUAUUUAUGCCGUUUUGAAAACUUAUGGUGUUGAAGCUGCUAGAAACACUAUUGUUAAUGAAAUCUAUAGAGUUUUCAAUACUUAUGGUAUUAGUGUUUCAUCACGUCAUUUAGAUUUGAUUGCUGAUAUGAUGACUAGAGAAGGUACUUAUUUGGCAUUCAAUAGACAAGGUAUUGAUAGUAGUACAUCAGCAUUUAUGAAAAUGUCUUAUGAAACUACUUGUCAAUUCUUAACCAAAGCUGUUUUAGAUGGUGAUCGUGAAGAAUUAGAAUCACCUUCUUCUAAAAUUGUCAUGGGUAAAUUAGCUAGUGUAGGUACUGGUUCAUUCGAUGUUUUUGCUCAAAUGCCUAAAUUUCAAUAA